UAGUUGCCGUACAAAAUCCUCUGCAGCUCUCCCCAUCAUUUAUGGAACAAAACGCGCCUCACAAAAUAAUUAUUUCUCCAAUUAGUACUGCACAUACCGAAACCUCGAUGCAGUACGCACAUUGGUACUUCACUUCAAGUAAUACAUCGUAAAAAAAAAUCAGACCUAGAUAAACUUGCCUCGAGUGGCCUCCAGCCACAUUGAACCUUCUCCGUUUGAGUUUAGCUGAUUUAGCAUAGCUUGCUAGCCGCAAACCGACGCUUUCGCUCACGAAGCAGAAAUCAAGUGUGAAUUUGAAUAGUGAUUGACUGCGAAAAUGUGUAAAGUGGAAAUGCUCAGAGCGUUGCUGAAUGCCCGACUCAGUGCGGCGGUGGAAGAAAUAUUUGCUGUGUUUGAAAGGACGAUAGCAGAGUACGAGGCGGAACUUUGUCGAACCAAAGAGGAGAACGAGCGACAACGGCGACUACUAGACGCUGUUUUUAUGCCUCACGCUGAUCCGCACAGACCAGGUGCCAGUGAAGAAUAUGUUCCACCUAAACUGCAAGUGCCAGAGUCUCCUCGUGAUAAACAGGAAAAUAUGCCAGCACUUGUUCUUGUUAAAGAAGAAGAGAAUCCGGAGAUGCUCCACGUUAAAGAGGAAGACGAAGAGGCCGAUAUCUUCAAGUUCCCAUUUCCCGGCAUCCCUUUGAAGAGUGAAAAUGAAGGCGCGGGUCGGCGUGGGGAGGCCAGACGGGCUGAGCCUCCGACCAGCAGCUCAAGUCAACGCGUUGCAGUAGAAGGUGCUGGAGACCGUCGUGGAGGAUCACAGGCGGAGAGCCUGUUAGCUCCACUAUCAGACAGCGACGAAAUAACGUCACAGUCUUCUGGCACUGAUGCUGACGAUGAGCACUCCAAAGGUGAUAGGACAGGUCACGCUGACAACAAGCGUGUGAAAUGUUCUCAAUGCGACAAUACUUUUUUCAACAAGUCCUCACUGAAAAGACACAUUACCACUCACACCGGAGAAAAACCUUUUGCGUGUUCCGUUUGUGGGAAAAGAUUCCGGAUAAAGGGAGAUUUAAGAAUACACACAAGAAUACACACCGGAGAGAGACCUUUUGCCUGUUCCAUUUGUGGCAAAGGCUUCACUCAGAAAGGACAUUUAAGAUCCCACAUUAGAACACACACCGGAGAGAAACCUUUUGCCUGUUCAUUCUGCAACUUAAGUUUCAGUCAACGUUCGUCAUUAGUCCCACACAUGAGAACGCACACUGGGGAGAAACCUUACUCCUGCUCAGUGUGUGGUAAAAGUUUCUCUCUCCAUGUCAAUUUGGUCAGACACAGAAGAACACACGCUGGCGAGAAAGUAGUGAGUUGCAGCAUGUGUGAAGAACAUUUCUCGAGCGAGUCGGAGAGGAACAAACACGUGUGUGCUGAUGAGAAGUGACGAAUUCAUCACAAAAUCUCAAAUUUUCAUCUUUGUUUUAAUUGAUUGCCACU